AUGUCACCUAAUGAAACUCGAUCUUUGAUUUCUCUUUCCCUAACGAAUGUAGAGUUUGAUUCAUCCGAUCCUAUUGCUUAUGCUUUUGCAUAUAUAACCUUAUCUCCUUUGGCUAUUUUGGUUGCAUAUACUACUACCAUUAUCGUUCGAAGAGAGGUGGUUUCAAUCAAUAUGUUUAUUGGUCAACUCGCUUGCGAAAUUUUGAACGCUGUGUUGAAGAAAUGGUUAAAGGAGAAAAGGCCUAUUGAUAAACUUGGGGAUGGAUACGGAAUGCCCUCUUCACAUGCCCAAUUCAUUGCUUAUUUCACAACUUUUUCGAUUUUGUACUUGUAUACUAG